AUGUCCAUCCAGCCCCUCCCCGCCUCCUCCGUCCGCGCCCUCACCUCCGGCCAAGCCCUCACCUCCCCCCCCUCCCUCAUCAAAGAACUCCUCGACAACUCCCUCGACGCCCACGCCACGCACCUCUCCAUCGAGCUCUCCACCAACACUCUCGACAUCCUGCAAGUCAAGGACAACGGGCACGGCAUCCCCCCCGCCGACCGCGGCGCCAUGGCAGUCCGCCACUGCACCAGCAAGAUCCGCGACUUUAGCGACAUUGCGAACUGCCGUACCCUGGGAUUCCGCGGGGAGGCGCUGGCCAGCGCGGCGGAGAUGGCGGGUGAGGGGAUGAUGAUUACGACGAGGGUGGAGGGGGAGAAAGUGGCCGUGUGUUGCAGUGUGGAUAAGACGGGGGCGGUGGUGGGGAGACGGCCGGUGGGGGCGGCGGUGGGGACGACGGUGAGGGUGGAAGGGUUUUUGAAGGGGCUGCCGGUGAGGAGAGAGAAUGCAUUGAAAAGCGCGCCAAAGUCAAUUGCGAAGCUACGGGCGCUACUGCAGCGCUACUACCUCUCGCACCCGCACUGUCGCUUCUCACUCCGCGUCCUAGCCGCACAGGGGAGCAAAGGCCGCACCGAGGACGUCGUCUAUGCACCCAGCAAGAGCGUUCCCGAAGCCGUUCAGAAAGCCGUCGGCAAAGACGUUGCCGCAGCCUACGCAGAGGGUGAAACAGAGCACCCAAUAACCCUCGAAGCCUUCCUCCCAAAACCCACAGCUUUGCCAGCCAUCAUCGCCAAGAAGCCGCAGUGCACAAACUUCGUCUUCGUGGACUCCCGCGCGGUGUCGUGCGCGCGCGGAACACUGAAGCAGGUGCUGGGCCUCUACAAAUCGUACCUCAAGGCUGCCCUGGCAGCGCCAGGGGUGGCAGACCCGUUUAUAUACCUCAAUAUCCGCUGUCCGCCAGGCUCCUACGACCCGAACAUCGAGCCGGCGAAGGAUGACGUCAUGUUCCAUGACGCCGGCGCUGUGCUUGCGGCUGUCGAGGGGAUGCUGAAGGCCUUCUAUGGCGAGCUUAAGAGCGAUGAUGGAGGUAGUAGUAGUGGCGCUAACAAGGGUAAAGCUGUGGAGGCGCCGCGAAAUGGCUUUGAGGUGCUGCUGGCGAGGAAACCGAAGGCCGUGGCAGUGCCGGCGCCAAGUGCGGGAACCCCCGGGGGGAAGAGGAGUGGGAGGUCGUAUGUAAGGCCGGUGCAGGAUGUGGAGUAUGAUGAGGACGAGGAGGAGCUUGCGGCAAGAGAGAUGGAUGCUGUUAUGGGUGGUGCUGAUGCUAGGUUUAUGGGUGUUGAUUUGCCGCCUGGGAGGUCGCUUUUACCGCCUGCGGUUAUGGUGAGGGAGGAGGGGGAGGAGGAGGAUCAGAUAAUCGGGGGGAUGGAAGACAUGGAGGAGGCAGCUGCAGCUGGGCCGUCUAAUGAAGUUGCACCAGCACUUCCCCCCACAGCGGCCACAGAAAUAGUACCAGUACCUGUAACCCCGCGCCGCAAGUCCACAAACUGGGGCUUCAACAUGUACGGCGGCGCCGAUGAAGACGACGAUUUCGAUGUCGAGGAGGAGGCAUAUAAGCCCCUGGAACCCACCGCCUCCGACAACGAAGAAACAGCACAAAGAGACAUCACGAUCUCGAACCCCUGGACCGCCGCGAAGAUAAACUCCCCAAUCGCCCGCGCAUCGCCGCAGCAGCAGCUGAGGAGGCCGUUUAAGCCGCCGUCGGGCGUCGUGUCGCCGGGGAAUAGAAGAAGUAGUAGGGGCAGGGCAGAUGCGCCGCCAUCGGUCAUCGUGUCGCCGGGUAAUAGAAGGAGUGAUAGGGGCAGGGCAGAUGCGCCGAUUUCGCCCGCUGCGAGUCCACCGGGUGGGCCCAGAGAGGGGACGGUCAGGAAAGGCGGUGAUGCGAACGCAGGCGUCAUGAGCUCUUGGGUCUCUGGACCUCGCAGAACGGGCGGUGAGGACGGCGAGGCGAGUGCACCGGCUAUGAGGAAAGGGUUCGUAUCCGCCGCCACGAUCUAUCACGACAACCCCGCCAACGACGACGACGACGACGACGAAGUUCCCCAUCGCGGGCGCACCAUGCCAGCGCCAAAACGCCGACGCCUCAACCAGGACCCUCCCUCGCCCGCAGACGACGAACCAGCGUCUGCACUAGCCAGCCCGCCCAAAUCGUCCCCCCAUAAAAACAGAUUCCUCGCCGCGACGGCCGCGCUGCACUCACCCGCCCACCAACAGACGACGCUGACGGGCGAGCCGCCCGUGCUCCUGCCGGCGCCGGAGCAGGCGCGGCGCUCAAAGUCGCGGCGGCGCACAAAGACGCUGCUGCCGCUGGAGACGGUGCCGGAGCUGGUGAUGCAGACGCAUAUGUUGCGGUGCAGGGUGGCGUUGGAUGCUGCACGGCUGAGGGGGGUGGUGGGGGGGUUGAGGGCGUGGGAUGGGUAUGUUUGUGGGAGUGCUGCUGCGAUGCGCGGGGAGGGGGAGGAGGGGGUGGAGCGGGUAGGUGAUGACACGUUUUGGUGUGAGGGGGGGGAGAGGGAGGGGGAGGCGGGGGUGCUGGGGGCGUGGUGGAGAGGUGGUUGGCGGGGUUUGGGGUGGGUGUUGGGGGGUGGGAGUGGGGUGGGGAGGAGGGGGCGAGGGUGUUGGUUGCGGUGGAUGCGUGAUGAUUAG